UUGGUGAUGCACUUUCAUCAUUUCCGUCGCACAGGCAGAGUUGGCGGGAGAUUUUCAUGUGCUGCAGUGCUGAGUCUGCUAAUAAUGCCAGUUUAAUUGUUUAUUUUUUUAUUUUAAAAAGCAUUUUGUUUUAUAAUCAUUUAGCAUUGAGGCAGUGGGUCAGUUUCUCUCUUUUUCACUGUGAAAACAUAGGUAGAGUUAGUUGCCCAUUGCGCGUUUGUUUUGAAUCUGUUAUUUUACCUCUUUUUAAUCACUAAAAGUAAACUCCGUGAUCAUGGAAGCUCAGCAGAACGGAACCGCCCGCGUUAACGGAGCGGCGCGGCCCGCGGAGACCCCCGAGCAGCGCUCCGACCCGGAGGGAGGGCAGUUCAGCUUCAGCGCCGAGCCGAGCCUGGAGCAGAUCCGGCGGCUGCAGGCCGAGUUCACAGAGGAGCGCGACUGGAGCCAGUUCCACCAGCCGCGGAACCUGCUGAUGGCGCUGGUCGGGGAGGUGGGCGAGGUGGCGGAGCUGUUCCAGUGGCGCGGGGAGGUCUCCGAGGGCCUGCCGGGCUGGAGCGACUCCGACCGGGAGAAGGUCGCCCAGGAGCUCAGCGACGUGUGCAUUUAUCUGGUGGAGCUGGCGGAGAAGUGCCGGGUGGACCUGCCCCAGGCCGUGCUGCGGAAGAUGGAGCUCAACCGGAGAAAAUACCCGGCCAGCAAAGUGCACGGAUCCGCGAAGAAGUACACCGAGUACACGGACUGAGGCUGGCCGGGCUACACGCAUUCUCACCUGGCUACACGCGGCUGGAGAGCCCCUGCUCUGAGUUACAGCCGCGGAGCUGCUUGUGGAUAAGCCCUGAAUCCCCUUUGCUUCAGCAAUCAGUCUUUUAUUUUAAAUCUAUCCUUUUUUAUUUAGGACAUGAUUUUAUCUCGUUUUUUGCACGUGUGUACAGACCUGGUAAAGGAACUGUGGGGGAUAACUUUGGGACUUUUGCACUUGUUUCAUCACAAACGUGCCAGUUUCGCCCUGUUUGAACAAUCAGUACUAUUUUAUUUUUUUAAAUCUUUGCUCCAAAUGGUUGAUUUUGACAUUUGGUCUACUGUAAAUGACUCAAGAAUAUUUGUUCACUGUCCAUAUUUGAGUAAGAGCCAAAAAGCAUGUUACUAUAUUUUAUGCCUUCGUUGGAAUAUAAAGAAAUGGUUCCUAGUCUUUAUUUUCACCUGAAGUGCAACGUUCACCCCUUUUGCUGCCACUAAAAAAAACUACACUUAAGGGUAAAACAAAGGUUACCAAUAAACUGUUUUGGUUCUUUACA